AAUUUCUUUGUUUUGUUAAAAUUGUGUUUUACAAUCGGUCUUCUUGGCACUUGACUCAAUUUAAACUUUUUAAAUGAAACUUUUAAUAGGACGUCUGGUAAAAAUGUUCUUCCGUGUUGUGGGCGGGGCUCUUUUGCUACGAGACACUUUUCCGGAAAUGCUUGUACGCUUGGUGAUGGCCGAACUACCGAGGAAGUUACAAGCCUGCCUGGUGGUCAUCUCCGGGAUUUUAACCUGCUGCUGCAGUGGACAUACCAUUUUCAAAAAGGCGGGUGAUGAAGUUGUCCUUAGGCCUACUGCGGCUCCUGAGACCGGCCCCGUAAAAAGCAUCGUGUGGAGUCACGGAGAUAACAUCGCCAUCGAGUGGGACGGACAAAGCACGGAGGUGUAUCUCCAGUUCAAAAACCGCACUCGGCUGAACUACGCCAACGGGGAGUUGACCAUCACGGGGUUGAUUCAGAAUGACAGCGGCAGGUACACACCCGAGAUCAACUUUGUCUCCACUGGACCGACUCGUCUCGCUGUUCUAUUGCCCGUCCCUGAGCCUACUAUCCAAAAGUCCUGUGAUGCUGAGAUGACGGAGUGCACUUUGACGUGUGCUGGCAACACCACAGGUGCCGAACCCGUCACUUACACCUGGAAGUUUGGCGAGUCCGUGAAAACCAACUUGCCCAAGGACUACAAAGUUCAAAAAGACAGUUUGGGCGAAGACGAGAUCAGCUGCGGGCUGCAGAAUCCAGUCAGCAAAAAUGUCAGCCCGUCUAUUCCCAACCCGUUCCACACUGGCGGAGAGAGCAUGAAGCUCAACACGGGACUGACGGUCUUCAUCUGUAUGCUGACUGCAGUGGUACUGCUGGUGCUCUUACACAAAUGUAGAACAGGCAUGUGGUUCUUCCAAAAAGAGUCCAAUCCGUGGGAAGCAGACUUCUGGAGGAGGACGGAGAGGCAACGCGGAGACGCUCUUGAAUCAAACGGCAGAACAAGCCAUCAAGAAAAAGCACAAACAGAAGAAGAGGAAGCACCAAUGACAUAGGUGGUCCAAAACCUUGCAUUUAGCAGCAAUCUGAUGGUGGUUAGUGUGAGCGAGAGCCAUACCAUAACUGUCUACCGCCCCGAUUUUGCCAGGAAAUCCCUAUUUUGUCCUUUUUUUCCCAGCAACUUCCUGGUCCCGUUUACCCCCCCUCCAAUCCCCUGGAUUUUGCGCUCCAUGAAAAGCUAUCGGGUCCGUUUGACUCAAGCCUCGCGUGGCGAGUUGCAUGUUACGUGAGUCAAUCAAAUCAAAAACACGAGAGAUGAUGUACAUGAAGACGACGGAGUAGACAUCUCUGCCAACUUUGUGCAAAUAUCUUAAAAAAUGGGAGACAUUAUCUUUACCUAAAGAGCAAGCAGCUAGUCACACUACAUUCACCUCAUGCUUUCUGUAACAUUGAGGAAGAUAGGUUAGCCAGCCUAAAAAUGUCUCAACUAGGGAUGUUCCGAUCAGGGUUUUAUGCUGCCUAUUCGGUCGAUACCAAUCACAUGUAUUUCUUUACAUUUUUAUGAUGAGUGCUAUUGACUGUGUAAGAAUAUCAAUAUAGUGUUUAAACUUCCUUAUUUUAGUUUAUUAAAUACAAUUAUUUGAUAUAAAGUCAAUAAUGCACACUAACUUUAAACCAGUUCAUUAUUUUAGUUUAUUAAAUACAAAUAUUUGAUAUAAAGUCAAUAAUACACAAGAAUUGAAAAAAACUAAACUACUACUCUUUUAAAUCCUUUGGUUUUUGCCUUCAACGUCCUCCUGUGUCCAAGGAAUAGUUCGCUAAAUGUGUAAACAUUAAAGAAAACAACAAAACAUUAUUUUGGGAAAAUUAAAAUAUUGACCUACUGUAAUCACUCUAGUAUCGAUCAUAUACUGAUACUACCUUUUAGUAUUGACACUGCCAACCAAUUUAUGGAUGAUCCGCUCGCUAACAUGUACUGUGAUAAGGCUGACACACCAAGAGUUGUUAAAUUAUCCUCUCUCUCAAUUAGCUGCUAGUUGCUCGUCAGUUGGGGGACUAAAAAUAAAUACAGUGUCAGAAAGAGGGGAUCGACGUUUUUGAUCGACAUUAAGGCAUUUGCCGAUCAAAUACUUAUAUGUGAAUCGGUCAAUACUUACUGCUGGCCGAUCGAUCGGCACAUCCCUAGUCUCAACCAUAAGCAUUUACGAAAUGUAACAGGUUUUCUCCCUUGGGAAGCCUUAUAUAUUUCAUAUAUUAUGAUAAUAUCAGACACACUAAAAACAUAUGGUGCAGUAGUUAGUGACACUAUGUUGUGAUUCACAGGAUAUGGGUUUGAGUCCUGUUAAAAACCAUUUUAUUUAACACGUAUUAUAAUAAAAGUGUUUUGAAUGUCUA